AUGUCCAAACCCAUCAUAUUCUACGACAUCCCCUGCCUCAGCAAGUCCAAGGUAUUCUCCCCGCACACCUGGAAAAUCCGGCUGUCAUUGAACUUCAAGGGUCUUCCAUACAAAACAGUCUGGGUCGAGUAUCCCGACAUCCAGGCCCUGUGCAGGAAGAUCGGGGCGUCGGCGGGGGACAAGGCGGAGGAUGGCACGCCGAUCUACACCCUCCCAGCCAUCUAUGACCCCAACACCAAAACCACCGUCUCCGACUCGAUGGCAAUCGCGCGAUACUUGGACAAGACGUACCCAGACACACCCCGCCUGAUCCCUCCUGGCACGGACGUCCUGACCGUCGCGUUCGAGAAGGCCCUCCACGGAACAUUCGCACCUCCUCCCCCAUUCCGAUUCGUCAUCAUCCCUGCCGCUUUCGAGAAGCUGAGGGCGGCCAGUCAGCCAUACUUCCGCGCGACUCGCGAAAAGCGCUUCAACAAGAAGAUUGAAGAUAUCGCGCCCAAAGGUAGUGAAUUCCGCGCGGAGUGCUGGAGGAAGACAGAGGAGGGCUUCAGCAAGAUGGCCAAAUGGUACGAAGCGGACGGAGAGGAGAAGCUGCUAGUCAUGGGCGACAAGGGCGGGGCGUCGUAUGCCGACUUCGUAAUAGCCGGGGUGUUCAGCUGGUUCCGAGACUGCCUCGGCGAGGAGAGUGAGGAGUGGAAGAGCGUGGAGAAGUGGGACGGUGGCAGGUGGAUCAGGUUGCUGUCAGUGAUGGAGCAGUACUCAACCGUCGAUGUCGGGGAAGAAGUGCGGCUUUGA